UGUUUUGGUACUAGUUUUUAUCUUUCUUUCAAAAAUAAUUCCAUUAGCAUCUGGGAACAACAUCACGUAUGGACGUUUUAAAGUGCUUCGUCCGCACCACCAGUUAAGGCAAUGUGCAGAAAGGGUUAUGCGUCAGAGCGAGUAUGCUGAUGGUGGACGUAUAUCUGAUGCGACAAAUGACUGCGAGCCCUUGUUUUCAAUGUCUUUGUUGAGGAACCAGAAAAUGGAAAGUGGCUAUGGAUAUUUUAGGCUAAUAAACGUACAAAGAAAUUUUCAGCCACCGGUUGAAAUUGCUACAGGGAGAGCAGUGAUGUAUAUCCCUGGCAUUAUGAAUGCAGGAGCAAGAAUAGAUAUGCGUCUCAAAUGGCCGCAGGAAUCAUGGAGCGGGAUUAUCAAGUUAAUCGAUGCAGUGGGAAACGUAACCGCCUAUCCCUCAUGGUUCUAUAUAUAG